UUGUCAUCCGUCCUGAUGUGGCAAGAACAGGGUGCUACCGGGUAUGUUGGUGAAGAAAUCCUCCAUCAAAUUGCAACUUCACGAUCGUAUGUCAAGAUAUCAUGCUUGAAUCGUGAUGCUACCAAGGCUUCUAAGUUAAAAGAAGCCUAUCCAGGCAUUCGCAUAAUUGAAGGUGAUCUCGACAGCACUGGUAUUUUCGCAAGGAGGCUAGAAAUGCCGAUAUUGUGUUUCAUCUCGCUAGCACCAAUCACUUACCGAGCGGAAAUGCGAUUCUUGAGGGAUGAAGUGACAAGUCUAGAAAGCACCCAGGCUACUGGAUACAAAUUUCAGGAGCUACAAUGGUCGCGGCAGCAGAGAUCGAGGAGAGUCGCUAUGGAAAGGCGUCAGACAAGUCGUACAAUGAUACUCGGGACGUCGAGAAAGGAACAUGGCCCAGUAAAGCAGUGGAGUAGUCAGGCGCCUGAGAUCGCACGCUUGACGCUCGAGAGGAAAAAGGGCUUUCAGCUCGGUAAGGGCUUGAAUAUCUGGAGCAACGUCCACAUAUAUGACCUGGGCCACCUGACUGUUGCGCUCCUUGACGCUGCCCUCGAGGGAAGCAAUUCAGUCUGGAACAAAAAUGGUAUUUACUUUCCCCAAAAUGGGCAAUUGGUAAGUCACUUUCAACUGCUAUACCGUUGAUAAUCACUGUGGCGGAGGCCAAUAAAAUGAGUAACCAUGCUGCUGCCAUCUGGGGCACCAAUGCAAUCUUGACAUCAUCCCGAGCCCAAGGGCAAUUGAAAUGGCAACCGUCUGGCGCGAGUUUACUGGACGAGAUCCCAAAUUUGAUCAAAUCUGAAGCAAAGCGCCUGGGC